AUGGCUGCUGCUGCUGCUGCUUUUGCUGCUGCUGCUGCACGUGAGUCGGCGAAGAGGGGGGCCCCCCUGAGGCCCCAUACAAACACUGCUGCUGCUACCCUUAGAAGAGGGGCGCCCCCUGGGCUAACGCAGCCUGCUGCACUCAACAGCACAAGCAGCCACUCACUUCUUUGCUGCAGCAGCUGCUGCUGCUGCAGCUGCAGGAGCAGCAGCUUGCGAGGCAGCGCGAGCAAACCCCCCAGCAGCAGCAGGCGUCCCAGCAGGAGCGGCAACAGUACAAGCGGCAGCAGCAGCAACAGUAGCGUCUACACCCCUUCUUCAGCUUUGCUGCGUCCUUAUAAUAUCUUUUCUCUAGAGAGGCCCCUGGGGCCUCACAUCUUUUGUAUCCCUUUGGGGGCCCCUGUCUUUUCUUUGCGUUUCCUCUCGGCUUCAUCUGGGGGGCCCCCCUGGUUGUCUGAUGCGGGGGGCUUCGCGUCCCCGGGAGGGGGGGGCCCCUCGGGGGGGCCCCCCGUCUUGCAUGCAGGUGUACGUACACCCGAGUUAUGCUGGCUCCUUUGCAAUGAAGGUAAAGCAGAAGAGCUGGCGGCAAAUCUGCUUACCCGAAUAUUAGAUGCUUUGAGGGGCCCCAAGGGGCCCCUGCAGCUGAAGAAGAAAAGGGAGAAGCAACAGGAAGAGCUCCUAGAUCCCCUGCACAGCACGCACUGGGAUGCCCUUAAAGCAGAUCUUCACGAAGCAUUUCACCUCCUCUUCAACAAAGACCCCUUCUUGCCCGACUCCCUCGCAGCCAUGCGGUUCGACGUGCCAGGGGCCCCCUUGGGGGCCCCCAUGAGGGCCCCCCAGGGGCCCCCUGGGGCCCCCAACACCCGCUGGGGCCUCCGAAGCCCUCUGGGAGAGGCCCCAGAUGAAGAGAGGGAUGGAGGGCCUCUUGUGGGGCCCCUUGGGGGGCCCCCUGUGGGGCCCCUUGGGGGGCCUCUUGUGGGGCCCCUUGUGGGGCCCCUUGGGGGGCCCCUUGGGGCCCCCCAACCCCCGCGGGAAGGGGUGUGCAGAAACCCUGAAUUUAUCUUUGGGGUUUGCAAUCCUAGUUUGACCCCCUCAGCAUCGCCUAGGGCUAGAGCUGUUGCUGUUAAGGCAUUUCUUUCUGUUGCUGAGGAGUAUUUCGCUCUGCAGCCGCGGAGUGCAGCAGCAGUUGAUUUGAAUGUGCUGCUCGAUGUUGUGGGGAGUCUCUGCUUCCUGGAGCUGCUGCCGUUGCUGCUGCAUCCCCAGCAGCAGCAGCAACGGCAGCAGCGGCGCGAGCAGCAGCAGCAGCAGCAGCAGCAGCAGGAGCAGGAGCAGGAGCAGGAGGUGGAUGGCGAACAGCAGCGGCAGCGUUUCUUGCUGCUGCAGCAGCUGUCUCUGCGGCUGCGCCCCCCCUCUCUUGAUGCCUUAUUACGGUGUCUCUGCACCUCUCAGGGGUCUCCUCUGUUUGAAGCUCCUCGGAUUUUUGCUGCAUGCUGGGCAGCAGAAAAUAAAAGCAGCGAG